GGAGAUGCCGACUAGGCUGACAGUCAGGGCCUGGCCUUGUGCAAGAGCUGCUGCCUUCCUGUUUAAUAGCUGAUCUCAUCACGCUGUGGCAAGGACCGACCCCCAGGCUGUGUUUCCCUGUUGUCCCCAGUGCCAGUGGGCGAACCACACACUGAACAGUUGUGUAGACCUAAGCUGGGGCAGCACCAUGGCCGCUGGCCUCGCUCUGCUGCUGGGACUUGUGGCUGCCCUGGAGGAGGUGACCUGGGCCCACAGAGCAUCCUCGUCCUCUCCCUGCAUCUGGGCAGUGCCAGGAGCUGUGAUUCCCAACGGAAGUUCUGUGAGAAUCUUCUGCAGGGUCCCACCUGGUGUGACCGCACUGCGUCUAUAUCACGGAGAACCUGGAGGCAGGUGGCAUGAGAGACUCCCAGAAGGAGCCCAAGAUGUGGUGAACUUCUCCCUGCCAAAAGUGACACAGUUAGAUGCAGGAAAGUAUUUCUGUGAUUACUGGAAGCAAAGAAGCUGGACAGGACAAACUGAGUUACUGGAGCUGGUGGUGACAGGUAUCUACAAGGACCAACCAUCCCUGACUGCUCACCCCAGUGCCCAAACGGUCCCUGGAGGAAACCUGACUCUCCAGUGCCAGCCAGUCUCGCGUUAUGACACCUACAUCCUGUGCAGGGGAGGAGGAGAUUCCUUCCCCCAAGACUGUUCUCCUCAGAGCCACAGCUCCUUCCUCAUCUCUUUUGUGAGCCUGGACCAGGCUGGGCCCUAUACUUGCUAUGCCACUCAAAGCAUCAGCCCUCAUCUAUGGACCCUGCCCAGCAACCCCCUUUUGCUUUCUGUCAAACUAAGUCUGGAUGUUUCCACUGCAAUUGUGGCCUCCGCUGCCGCUGCCUUCCUUCUCCUCGUCCUGCUCCUCCUCCUCCUCCUCCUCUGCCUACGCCGGCGUCGGGGUAAGCGCAGUAUGUCCAGGGGGGCUGCUUACGAUGGGACCAAAGGCCAGAUGAGGCACGAGAGCUCCAGCCCACCUGUGCUGAUCCACGGAGAAAGUGAAGAUCAUGACGCGCAGGGUGCUGAGCCUGAGGCGGCCAGACAGAGGGACACACUGGUCCCCUUGGCGGAGGCCCCACAGGAGGUGACCUAUGCCCAGCUGCACCCAGUGAGGCCCAGGGCAGGUGUGGCCCCGCUGCUGUCCCAGGACCCUGAGGCCUGCGUGUAUGCCACUCUCACCUUGUCCUGAGAGGGUGGCGGGCUGUGUGUAGGUGUGCCUCAGCCAGCGUUCUAGAAGGGUGCUGCCCCUGCCCCCGAAGCCCAGCCCUCAAGCCAGACGCUGGCAAGCGCAAGGACCUGCGUUCAAUCCCUGGUUCUG